AUGAGCAAUCGAGACGUCUCCCCCGACGACAGUUUGCUGAAGCACAUCUUCAAUGAAAAGCCUUCGACCUCCAUCUUUCUCCAGGAUUGGGACAAGUGUGUUUUCAAGGCGGAUUUUGGAGUUGCAAACGCGCUCGACGAUAACGUUCGACCAUCGUGCGUAGUCCGGCUCGAGGCCGAAGAUGCGCACCUUGCCUCCUUUGGCACCAUUGCUGCCAUGCAGCAAAUCGCUGCUGAUUGCAUACCCGGCCUUGUGCCCAAGAUUCUCCAAGUAGGCAUCGCCGCGAAUGAACAAGGGCGACGAUUUCAAUUUUGUGUCAUGGAGCUUGCUGAGGGAGUAACGCUGCACGAUGCUUGGGAUCAGAUGACAAGCGACAACCAGAGCUCUAUUGUGAACGAACUUGUAGAGGCGUUACAGAAGUUGCACGCGGUACGACUUUCGGAUGAUAUCGUUCAAAACACUCUACGUCGAGCACUUGGAGAUCAAGAGGCAAAGGUUCUGGAUAAAAUGGUGAUGGGAGGACCUUUGGCAGGGUUCGUCCACGACGGCCACGCUCUUCUGACGGGCAUAUUGCAAAGGCGAAGCCUCAGGAAGCCCUUCUGCGAUGUCAGAUCUACUGCAGACCCAGAUCCCAAGGACCUCAUAGUUCAAUCGAUUUUCGAGCAUCUUGGUUCAGCUACUGUCAAAGAAGCAGACAUGGAAAACUGGGCAACUGAGGCCGUCUUUUGUCACAACGACCUCACUCCUCGCAAUCUCCUUGUGAGAUCAGUCCAAAAUUCGGAUAAUCAAGCAGAGCCGAGAUAUAAGCUCUCUGCCAUAAUUGAUUGGGAACUGGCUGGCUUCUACCCCCCAUCCUACGAACUGAGCCUCCAAGAUACAUAUCUAGGUGGUGGCAAUAGUCACGCAUCUUUGUAUCUCCUGUUGAAGCAACGCCUCAAUGACGUGGUCCCCAUGUCACCGUCGCAAGUUUCUCUGCUACAAGCUAUGGAACUAAUCUACGAGUCACAGCAGGAGAUGCUGGCACAAGGCAAUAAUAUCCCCGCUCACAUGCAGAGGAGGUUUCGAGAGAGGCUGGGGCUAUCGCGAGAUAAGCAUCCGUAUAUGGGUUGGACGCCCAGUUCGGAGGAUGGACCACGUGAAUUCUCACAGAUUGAUUUUCAAAAGUUGGAGGAUGAGGUAGUUGCAGAGAUGGUGGCAAGAAGGCAGAAAAAGAAUUAACCAAUAAAGGUGUUCGAUGGAGAGGAACCAUUAAGAUUGAGAUAUGAUUAGUGUGGAAUGGCAUCUUAGCAAGCCUAUCAUGAUACAUAUAUUCGUUCAUUAUUG